UAUACUUUUGAAAAACAGAUAAUUUCUAGUGGAAAGUAUAAAGCAUAUCAAGAAUAUAUUCAUGAAAUAAUUAAUAAAUGUGGAUUCAUUGUUGAAUAUGAUUGGCUAAGAAUACCUAGCACAAAAAAUGUUGCCAUGGUAG